CAUUCUGCCUCGCCGCCGGUGUCAGUCUGACUCCCUCUAUCUCGCACUUAACUCCCUCGACGGGAUACCUCAAAGCACAUGCGGAAGUUUCCACCCCGGACAGCUGCUGCUGCUGCUGCCGCCGCCGCAGCAGCUCAAAUGAGCUUCUGACAGUUGAUCAGUAGGAGGGGAAGCAGUAACAGCGAGGAGGUGGGCGAGGCGACACCGCCAGGAAACGCCACAGCCGGAUCCGCUGGACUGGACGUCAGACCCGCGCAUGGCUUCUCUCGGCAGCGCAGAGCGACGGGCUUUCGCUCUGAAGAUCAACAGUAUGAAGACAUCAGAACACUCCAAGGAGAUCAGAGAAAAAGUUAUUGAAAGUAUCACUCAGGAGAUGGGUACAAAAAAAUUCUAAGGCACACUUCUGCAGAGGUUAGACGGAACUUCAUUGGGAACUAUGGCUUAUAUCACAGUCGGUCCAACUCCAGCUCGUCUCCCACUGCCUACGUCAAUGUGCCUCCGGCGUAUGACGCAGUGGAGCCAUUGGACCUGGAGGAGUUCCUGAUGUCACAGUUAAGAAGUGAAGACUCAGAUCUGAUGCAUGAAUUUGGAGACUUCCCUGACGAUGACCUGAAGGUGGAGCAGGUGGAGAAGGAGCGACGUACCAUCCGGCACUCUGUCCCAGAGGACGGAGGCGACUUAGAUCCACAUGUGAGAGAUUGCGUGAAGAGUUACACCCAGCCAUGGCUGGUUGUUUCCAGAAGGUGCCAGGGGGAUGGCUGGAGUGCAUAUUCAGAGCGAGUCGGCCUGCAUAAAGUCCUGCAUAAGCAAAUCUUUGAGUCUGAUUUUCAACCAGAAAACAAAGACAAACCAGUCAAGUCCCCGACUCUUGCAGGGCUGAGCGACGACUCCAGCCGCACGCUAACCUCGUGUGAUUUUAAUUUGCGAAGCCUGGCUCCGGACCAGAGGGUCGAGGGACUGCUGGCCUUCAGCAGCCACGAGGAGCUGGAUCGCUUCAACCAGGAGGCGCGGCAUGCAAAAAGACAUCCCGAGGUGUUUGCGCUUUACCCGCCACCUGAUGAGGACGAUGCGGUGGAAAUCCGGCCCAUUCCCGACUGCCCCAAAGAACACACUGGAGAACGCAUCUUGAUUCGAUGCCAGGCCAUGAAGUUUGAAAUUGACAUCGAGCCCAUUUUUGCCACCAUGGCCUUAUAUGACCUGAAAGAGAAAAAAAAGAUAUCGGAGAACUUCUACUGUGAUCUCAACUCAGAGCAGUUUAGAAACUUCUUGAAACCUCACACUCCACAUGUGGAUCACUCCACCCUGGCCAGAUCUGCCAUCUUCUCUGUUACUUACCCGUCCCCUGAUAUAUACCUGGUCAUCAAGAUUGAGAAGGUCCUCCAGCAAGGAGAGAUUAGUGACUGUGCUGACCCCUAUUUAACAAUGCGGGAGAGUGACUCUACGAAGAACAGAGACAAACUUGAGAAACUGAAGAGCCAGGCAGAGGCUUUCUGCCAGAGGCUGGGCCGCUAUCGCAUGCCUUUUGCUUGGGCGACAGUUAACAUCAUGGAGGUCAUCUCUCAAACUGCAGCCUCGGACCGCGAUGUCACAGAUUCUGACAGUGUGAAAGGAGGUAAAUCCAGCAGCAUGGACCGGAAAGCGCAGCUCCCCAGGAGGAACUCCGAGCGCUUCACUAGCAUGGAGGAAGCUUGUUAUAACGUUCACACUUUCAAACCUGCAACCAUCACCAUCCCUACGAUUUUCAAACAGGAAGGGGAUCGUCUAAGUGAUGAGGAUUUAUUGAAAUUCUUAGCUGAUAUUAAGAAAUCCUCAACUCCACAAAGAAGGAUCAAGACAAUACCAGGUUGCAUUAAAUUGGACAUGUCUCCCAUCCACGACACGCCGCAGGCCUGCCUGUCCACCGAACUCAUCCCGCUCAUACCCGUGGCUGAGAAAAACAUCCGUCCCAUCAAAGAGGUGUUGGAGUUUCCCUCCAGUGAAGUUUACGUCCCUCACAACAUUUACAGGAACCUGCUCUUUGUCUACCCUCAGAGACUGAACUUUGUCAACAGGCUCACAUCAGCAAGAAAUAUCGCCAUCAAAAUCCAAUUUAUGAGUGGAGAGGACCCCAGUUGUGUUCUGCCUGUUAUUUAUGGGAAAUCCAACGGCCCCGAGUUGUUACAAGAAGUUUACACGCCUGUUACAUACCAUAACAAGUCUCCAGACUUCUACGAGGAGGUGAAGCUUUCCCUUCCAGCCCGUCUGACGGAGAGGCAUCACUUGCUGUUCACUUUCUACCACAUCAGCUGCCAACAGAAACAGAACCAGAGCGGCAACUGCGAGACCCUCAUUGGAUACUCUUGGUUGCCCAUCCUGAACUGCGACCGGCUGCAGACGGGGCAGUUUUGUCUGCCCAUUGUUCUGGAGCGACUUCCUGUCAACUACUCCCUGCACACUCCAGAGAAACUUCCACCCCAGGUCCCUCCGGUCAAGUGGAUGGAGAGCCACAAAGGGCUUUUCAACCUUGAGGUCCAAGCUGUGUCGUCUGUUCACCCUCAAGACAAUCACUUGGAGCGUUUCUUCACCCUGUGUCAUGCGCUGGAAGGUGGAACUACAUUCCCCGUGCGGAUCAAGGACGAGAAGAUUCCCGAGAACAAACUGGAGCACGAGCUGAAGCUCAGCAUCAUAUCUCUGCCCUCCUCUAAUUUAGAGCCUCUGGUGCUCUUCCUCCACCGGGUACUGGAUAAACUUUUCACCCUCAUCAUGCAGCCCAUGGUCAUAGCUGGCCAAACUGCCAAUCUGGCCCAGAUAGCCUUUGAAUCGGUGGUGUCUAUUGUCAACAGUCUUCAUAACAGCCAGGAACUAUUCAGGGACCAGCUGGGAAGAAAUAUCCUCUUAGCAACCUACCUUUACUGGGUCUUUCGUCUUCCUGAUCCCCCCCGAGACGUGCAGAAUGCCGGUCCAGCAGGUUCAGCUCCAUCAUCAGACAGCCGUUACAUGACCAUAGGUCCGUCUACGGCCGCCAGAGUCGGCAGCAUGCUCCUCCAGUCCCGGAUCCGCAGCAGCAGCAACCCCGACAUCCCUGCUCAGCAAGCUUCAGAUGAAGAUGCAGAGAUCAAAGACAUUCUCUCUGCAAAGGGCCUCAACUACCCGGGCAGCCGCGUGUCCACCUAUGUGGAAACCAGCAACUACCAGAACUCUGCAGGAAGCACAAGGCCGUCCAACAGAAAGCAAUUUCACGAGGAGCUGGCUCUGCAGAUGGUCGUCAGCACUGGCGUCUGCAGAGAAAACGCUUACAAAUAUGCCUGGUUCUUCUUUGAGCUGUUGGUGAAAAGCAUGGCUCAGCAUGUGUCUCAGCUCGACAGGUACACUGUCCCCCGAAGGAGCCGCUUCUCUGACAGAUUCAAAGACGACGUCACCACCAUCGUCUCUGUGGUCACAGCGGAGAUUUGCACAAUCCUCGUCAAACAACAAAAGGAGGUAGAGCAAGCAGAGAAAAUCAACAUCAGUCUGGCCUUCUUCCUCUACGACCUGCUGUCCCUCAUGGACCGAGGGUUUGUUUUCCAGCUUGUGAGAAACUACUGCAACCAGAUGUCUGCUAAGAGCGUUUCAAUGCCAACUUUGAUCAGCAUGCGUCUGGAGUUCCUGCGAAUCCUCUGCAGCCAUGAGCACUACCUCAACCUGAGCCUCUUCUUCAGCAACCCAGCUUCUGCGCCUGCCUCUCCGUGUCCGUCCAUUUCUUCACAGAGUUCUGGCUCCUACCAGGAACAGCAGAGGAUCUUGGCGUUGUUUGAUCUGUCUCAGGAAUUCAAGCAACAGCAUUACCUCACCGGUCUGCUCUUAACGGAACUUAGCGCGGCACUUGACAUGGAGUCAGAAGGGGGAAAGGUUCAAAGAAAGGCGAUCAAUGCAAUUUACAGCUUGCUGUGUUCCCAUGAUCUGGAUGAUCGUUGUGUUAAAACUGAUGUCAGAGCCAAGGUGUCUGCUCUCUACCUCCCCCUGGUGGGGAUUAUUAUAGAGUCGACCAACUACCUGGAUUUCACAGUUUGUGACACGCGCGCCGGCAAGAACAAGACCGGCGAAUCCGAGGAUGACCUUGAAAAUGUGCCGCCUAUCAAUCAGUCUGUUGCCAUGGCGAUUGCCGGGAAUCCCUUCAACACGUUGGGGCGUAACGUUCUCAUCUCCAUGGCAUCCCUGGUAAAGUUUAUGCUCCCAAUUGGAAUGACGAUUGUAGAGUUUUAAAUGGCUUUAUAAACUUUUGGUGAGUGUUUUGCUUCCCAACAGGUGAGCUGGGCAGAUGCUGAUUGAUUAGCUGUCAGAGCCACACAUGCACUUCAUCCAUCCUGCAAAAAA